UCACGAAGUCGAACUACAAGCUGUUUCAGAUUUUAUAGGCGGGACUUAAAGUCUCCUUUCACUGAAUGAAGAGUCGACAGGUCUGAUUGGUGUAUGGGAUCAACAAUGGCUUCCGUCCAGGGUCAGGAGGUCAUAACCUGUGACCUUUGUGUCAAACCUGUCCAACAAUUCUGUAACAGCUGCCAAGUCGGUCUGUGUGAAGACUGCAUCAACAAACAUGUCAAGAGCCUCAAGUCCAUGAAGCAUGACAUUGUUCCUUUCACCAAGCGUACAGUACAGCUUGUGUUCCCUCAGUGUACAUCUCAUUCCCACCAGAGAUGUGAGGCCCACUGUCAACAGUGUAAUGUCCCGGUCUGCAUCAAAUGUCUUACUGGUCCAAACCACAGAGGUCAUGAGUUUGAUGACAUGGUGGACAUUAUUGUCAGGAAGAAAGAAGAAAUUGAUAGAGAAAAUGAAGAGAUUGAGCUCAUAAUUUCCAAAAAUUCAGCAUUAGAUACAGAUGUAGAAAACAAUCUGUCAGUUUCUGUGGUUCACUUUGCAGAUAUUGAAAAACAGGCAACUGAUCAAAGAAAACAAUGGCACCUAGAGGUGGACAACAUCUUUAACAAAAUGGAAUCCCUGAUCCAGUCACUCAAAGAUCAUCAUUUCACAACUCUACAAUUAUGCCAGGCCAAACUCAGAAGCCAGAAUUCCAGUAUGAUUCAAGCUGUUCAAGAAAACAAAGAAAUCCUGAAGUCUAACAAAGUGUCUGAUGUCAACAACUACCAAUCCAAACUGAAGGAAUAUAGGAACAUUCCACAAAUACCUGAUUUACCAUUGCCCUCUCUCCAAACAAACACAGUCCAAGGGAGAGAACUCAGCAUAGAAUUAGGAGAGUACAAGGCUACACUGACACAGACAUCACUAUCCAGUCUGACAGAUGAAGUCUCCUUUUUAUCUGUUAAGGAAUUAUUAGAAGAAGCCAAAUUGAUUGCAACCAUUCCAACAAAUAUUACAAACUUAUAUAAAGUGGUUUGUGUAGGAUCAGAUAAAGCUUGGGUUAAUUGUGAAGACAGUGUAUUGACCUGUGUUGACAUGAGUGGUUCAGUUGUAGGCACGGUCACCACUACAUGUAAAAGCUAUCCUUUUGAGAUCACAGUAACCAGUCAGGGAGAAUUGGUAUAUAGUGAUGUCAAAAGCAAAACUGUGAACAUUGUCAGAGAUGGGAAGACAGAGACACUGAUCACUAUACCUGUGGGCUGGUUUCCAGGGGGGCUGUGUUGUACAAGGUCAGGGGACAUCCUAGUAACUCUUCAUACCGCUAAUUACAAGCAAUGUAAAAUAGUCCGUUAUCAGGGGCAGGGGGUGACACAGGAAAUAGAGAAAGAUGAACACGGCGACCCAAUCUAUCAAGGAGGGGAGUACACAGUGUAUGUGGUGGAGAACAACAAUAGAGACAUAGUGGCCGCUGAUCAGAAUGCUGAAGUCGUAGUAGCUGUAAAUAGGAAAGGGAAAGUUGUAUUUAGAUACAACAAGGAACCACCAGGAGCAAUGUUCAAGUUCAGUCCCAGACAGAUCGUAACGGACUCCACGGGUCACAUCAUUGUGGUGGACGGGAACAAUGAAUGUCUACACGUGUUAAGUCAGAACGGACAGCUGCUGAGGUGUGUGGACAAUUGUCCACUAGAUGUUCCUGAUGGACUGAGUGUGGACAGUGAGGGGAGGUUGUGGGUAGGGUGUUAUAAUUCAGGACAAAUAAAAGUCAUCCAGUACAAGAAUUAGAUACCAUGACAUUCCGCAGUAUGCAUGUACCAGUAAAAGAUGUUGUGAUAAGAAAAUAAUCUUAAACAUCAUUGGGAUACAUGAUAUAAGCAUAACUAUAAA